AUGGCACCACCUUCGCCGCGACGGUCAUCGAGAGCCCGCAUCACCAAUUCUCAAUCACAGCAAUCAUCGGUAUCCUCAAACACGUCGGGUCGAGUCGAGCGGAACACAAGAUCUGUCGCUAAACCUUCUUCCAACAAGUCCACGCCCAGCGGCUCAUUAUCCUCGGAGCCAUUUGAAGAUCUUGACGAUACCCUCCUUGGUCGAAGGCGAAAGCGGAACCAGGAAGACGAUAACGACAAAAAUUCCAAGUCCGACAACUUUGACAUGGUGAACGGAAGCGACGACCUUCAAGAAGAGGAGGACGAGGCUGUUCGAUGCAUCUGCGAUGCUGAAGAGUAUCCAGGUCGUCCGCCUGUCGAAGGUGCCGACUUGGACUUUUUCAAUGCCAUUGAAUUCACCGAAGACGUUACCGGCUUCUUCGUUCAAUGCGACAUUUGUAAAGUCUGGCAGCACGGCGCCUGUGUAGGCAUUUUUAGCGCCGAGAGCUCUCCUGAUGAGUAUUUUUGCGAGCAAUGUCGCAAAGAACUCCACAAGAUAUAUACGGCAAGCAAUGGAUGUCUCUGGGACGUUCACUUUCUGAAAAUUCUGUUUUUUACCCCGACUACCUAUUUCAUCUCCCUUCGCUACGCACUCCCGUUACGAUCGUCUUGCGCUGACAUUAUCUUUCUCAGUCAAAAAUGGUCUAAAUAUGUUCCCCAUAAUCGUCCGUCGCGCGCGACCUCCCGAGCUACCUCGAUCGCUAAGGAUGGCAACCGCUCACCCAAGACUGGGACGAGCAAGAACUCGCGCCCUACUUCCGCUUCGCAAAGUUCCAAGCGUCGAUCUACAAUGAAUAGCCGCGACCGUGCAUACGAAGAUGAGCAAUUGUUGAGAGCCAUUGAAGCAAGCAAAGAAGACGUACCUCAAGAUGGAUCAGAAAUAUUAACCCGACGAGCGAAACGAGGACGCAGCGACAGUGAGGAAUCAGUAGCUGUCAACGCUCGUCCACGGGACGACAAGUUGGCGUCGCUGAGAAAUCCAAUAAGCGUCAAGCGGCAAAGGACCAGCUCUAGGUCACCUUCGCCCCCAAUCGAACCGGCCGAAGUACAGACUCACAAUGAGUCGGAGGACGAAAUCAAUACCCGUAACGGAACGAAGAGGGUUCGCAACAACAAGAACCAGCGAGCCAAAACUGAGAAGGAAGACAAAGAGCGUCAGAGACAAGAGGCCGCGGACAAACGCAAAGGCCGCGCAGAAAGGCGACGAGGAGAGGGUAAGAUGAACAACGAUGUCUACGGUACAGUUGAGGCUGACAAUCACUUAGACUCAGAUCCUGCCGAGGAGACGCCCCCUGCCACAGUCAAACCCCCAGCCACGAAGAGUAUUGAGGCACCUGUCAUUAUGGAGACACCCGCGCCAGUCGAGCCUGUACCCGACACACCCCCUGCGAGUCAUCAGCCUGUUUCAAGCAUCCAGAAACGUGGCGGAAGAACGGCUCACAAGAAAGGCAAAGGGAGGAACCAGUAUACGAGAGAUCGAGACGGGGAAGGCGAGUCGCCAGCGCGGUCAAUGUCGCGUGACAUACAGAAGACCAGUGACGAGCCCACGCCGGCUCACCCGAAACCAACGAGUGAACAUCGACAUGGCAAGUCGAAGCCGGCCAUUCACCACAAGUUGAAUAUGGUCGACAUGAAGCGGCGUGUUGGCGCCAUUAUGGAUUUUAUUUCGAGGACUCAAGUAGACCUUGCAGCCGAAACUUUGCCAGUGACGAAUGAGAACACGAGUAAUGGGGAGGUGUCGCUUCAGAAGACUAUGAGCUCUGAAGCUGCUGACAAGGAAAGUACUCGGGAGUCCUCUGAGGGUAAAGAGUUCAAAGACUUGAACCCCAUGGAAAUGAUGGACGUUCUGACAAGAGAUAUGGUCAAAUGGCAGAAUCAGUAUACCUGA